GGGCCAUUCCAUACGGCCUCCAUCGAAACCAGAAAAUUUUAAUAUACUCAUCAUAUCGGUGAAUUAACAUGAGCAAAAGCAUUCUGGCUCUGGCAAAGUUAACUCGGUUUAAAACACCAAGCCAAUCAAUCCUGUUAUCUAAAAGGCGAUCUGCAGGCAGCAAGAAAAAGACAUAUGUGAUCUGUACAGGAAUCCUGACCGGCAUGUCAUUAUGUUCAAUAGCCUCCUUUACGCCGGUUCUCUCAGAAGCUGAACAGGAAAUGCCGGUGGCAACCGGCUCCAUCAUGGAUAAAGUGAUAUCUAGUCUUGCAGAUCCCAAUAACCGCAUUGCAUUACGGGAUAAGCCAACAACAAGUUUAAUUCUCUCUCUAUUGGUCUAUAAGGCGUGUUCAAUGAAAUGGCUAAUCGAUUCUGCACCUUCUAUAUUUUCAUAUGCCUCAUACACGCAUUUGACAAAGCCGAUAAAUUUUAUAAUCCGACACACAGUCUUCAAUCAAUUUGUUGGUGGUGAGUCUAGCCAAGACUGCCAAAAGACAAUGUCCAAACUGAAAGAUCAAGGGAUCGGAGUGAUUUUAGCUUUAAGUGUUGAGAUGGAUGUUGGUGACGUUAAAGAAACGAAUGCAUCACAUCAAUCAAUUCAUAUGAACCAGCAGGCUGACUUCUUUAUGGACGCCACCAAGCAAUGUAUUUUGUCCGCUGGUACUCAACCAGGAAACUUUAUAGCACUAAAGAUUUCUGCACUUACAUCCCCUCAUUUACUUCAGAAGGUAACCGGUGUCCUAUCUAAAUUGUACGAAAGCUUCGGCCAACACACGAGCGUUUCUUCCCAUACACUGUCACAAAACCAAGUCUGCCAUGUGGUCGCACAGCACCGUGGUCUGGUAAACGUGGAAGAAAACGUGCCGGAAAUCAUACACAACAGUAAUGAAAUUGAUAUAGUAGACUUUAAACAAAUGAUGUUACUGCAUCGCCCUGCUGUUAUGAGCCUCCUCUCCAACGUACUAACAGAGCAAGACCAAGAAGAUUGGUUACGAAUGUUGCACCGAGUUGAUGAAAUAUGCUCUUUGGCAAAGUCAUGUGGUGUGAAAGUCUUAAUUGACGCAGAACAGACUUAUCUGCAGCUGGCAAUCGAUCAGGCUGCGUCAGUCAUGGAGCAAAAGCAUAACCAACUUGGUAGUCGCCCUACUGUUUUCAAUACCUACCAGAUGUAUACAAAAACCGCACUACCGAAACUGAAGCUAGACUUGGUAACAGCCGAGCGUUACAAAUAUGGUCUCGGCGUUAAAUUAGUUCGUGGAGCGUACAUGGUUCAAGAGAGGGCGCGCGCCGCGGAAUUAGGAUACUCUGAUCCCAUUCAAAAUACUAUUAAUGAUACACAUGAGUCAUACCAUUCAGCGAUUCUCUUAUUAUUGAAGGCGCUAGAGGUAACACAGCAGAGGACAGGUAUACCGGUUACAGAGGAAACCUCACCGCUGUCUUUCGUCAUAGCAUCGCAUAAUCAUGAAAGCGUCAUGUAUGCAUGUAAUGAGCUUCAACAUCAUCACAUAUCGCUAGAUUCUGGUGUAGUCUCCUUUGGCCAGCUAUACGGUAUGGCUGACAAAAUUUCAUAUACGCUGAGCCAAUUCGGUUUACCGGUAUACAAAUAUCUUCCCUAUGGAGAAGUCAAACAAGUCAUUCCGUACUUGAUUCGUAGAGGACAAGAAAACGCCGCCAUGAUCGAACGAACUCAGUUGGAAUGUGAGCUUAUUUUUGACGAGCUGAAGUACCGUUUUCAGCAGAAUAACACCAGACAGAUGAAGGAAUAGGGGUUCUUUAUGUAAUUGUGAACCUCUUCGAAUACAUGUAUCAAAUAUCAUAAUUCUUGAUGACUCGCUAACAUAUAAAUAUUCUCAAAUGUACGAAGGUGUCCCAUAGUAUGCUAUGAAAACGUACGUGAUCUUGCAGAUUUUUCAAGUAAAAGCUCUAAGAUAUAUGGGAUGGAUGAUGAAGGUAAACUGUCCGCUGAGGCCACCUUCAUGCCCAUGCUCAGAGUAUACCGUUUGAUCUCUAUAUUUGAAGGACUUCUGGCGAGGAAAAACUCGUAUAUGCUAUGUUUUCAAUGGCCGUCCAUACGUACUGAUAGAUGUAAUGUAUUUCCAUGACCAUAUUUGCAAUUUUGCUAUGAGCGAAAGACAAUUAAAAAAACCCAC